CUGCAUUUCAAGAGAAGUGAAAACAAUACCUGUUACAGCUAACUCAAGUGACGGGUGGAGUGUAAAUCAUGUCCCAGAAGGUAUUGUUCAUUAAGCUGCUGUUGCUGCAUUACGCAACCCAGAGUCGGCCAGAAAAUAAUGCAAACUGCUAUGAAGAUGUUCAAGUGAUGUGUCCAGAUGAAGCCAUUGACAGCAGGGAUUUCAUCUCUGUUGCAUGGUACAAGAUCAACAAUUCGCAGAAACUUGGCAUCAUCAGGAAGAGUAAAGAUAGCAAGACCCCGCAGUACUACCCCUUCACUCGUUCACACAAACCCGAGUUUGGUGAGAAAUACAGUCUGUUGCUCCCCAGGGUGACGCCUGAAGACUCGGGCACCUACGAGUGCGAAAUCAGUGCAAAUGUAGGGGGUCAAAAUAUGAAUCUGGAAGUCGACCUGACGGUUCACGCAUGUGUGACCCAGGCUGACCUGACAACAAUAACAACGACACCUGAGUUUAACCUGACUCAGCCCAACCUGCCCUGCCACAAUCAAGUGGAGGACCUGCCAGUCAUGUGGAGUGGUAUAGGCUUCGUGGCAGUGGGCCUCACCAAAAUCAUUUUAUCUCUCAUCAGCAUUCAGGUUGUUCAAGCUGUUUGCAUGAGGUCUUCAAGAUGACGGCAGAACAAGUGGUGAAGCUGAGAUCAUGUAAAUAGACACAAAAAAAUCAAUUUAAUCAAUCAAAUCAAGUGAUUUUAUUUUUGCUUUUACUAUUUAUUGUACUUUGUUUUCAGUGAGAUUCAUGUAUUUGUUUUGCAGUUGAGCAUGUUCAGUUUGUAAAAAUGUGUCACUGAACCAAACCACUUGUUGCUUUUUUAUUGGCACGAAAGAGGUCAACUCAACCAAAACAGAUUGUCAUAACUAAAUAGUAACAAGCAUGAGAUGAGGAACAAAAACCACCAUGCACACACUGCCACAGGUGUGAAGAGCAUCUAUUGUAGUAAAUGUAGGCAGAUAUUGUGAUAGCUGACAUUGUAACAUCAAAUGUCUUUUUACAAAACAAAACAUGGCCAGUACUCCCUCAGAUAUCGUGGUGUAGAAAUAUGGAACACCAAAAUACAUUUUAUCAAGAGCUCGUUAUCCUUAGAAAAUUUUAAAAGGAAAUUAUCAUCACAUUGAAUUCAUGUCUAAUUAUCUUUUGAUAUUUUUAGAUAUAUUUUCUUUUUUUCUUUUUAUCGGUACUGUUUUUUUAUGUAUUUCAUUAUUUUUAUAGAAUUGCUUUCCACUGUUUGAUUAGGUUUUUCUGCAAAUUUUUUGUGCUUCUUGUUGUUGUUUAGCUUUUGUUGUAUUUUUAAAAUUCAUGUUAGUUUAGUUCUUUCUUCCUUUUUUGUUAUUGUUUUGUUCUUCUUCUGGGGUUGGGGGUGAGGUCCUUUGUAUAAGCCUGUCUUCUUGA